UGCUUGCUCAUCCACUCAACUCAAGAGUGUAGUGAGAGAGAAGACGAAAGAGAGAAAAAAUGGGAGGAAAAGGUGCGAUGAUGGUGGCGAUGCUUUGCCUUUGGGCACUCUCUGCAACAACUGAAGCAGUUGUAAUGGAGGAGGAGCCAGGCUUGAUGAUGAACUUCUACAAGGACACGUGUCCUCAGGCUGAAGACAUCAUCCGUGAACAAGUCAAACUCCUCUACAAACGCCACAAGAACACCGCUUUCUCUUGGCUCCGUAACAUCUUCCACGACUGCGCCGUCGAGUCAUGUGAUGCGUCGCUUUUGCUGGAUUCAACAAGAAGAGAGCUAGGAGAGAAAGAACACGACAGGAGCUUCGGUCUGAGAAACUUUAGAUACAUUGAGGAGAUUAAAGAAGCUCUCGAGAGGGAGUGCCCUGGUGUUGUCUCAUGUUCCGACAUCCUCGUCUUGUCCGCAAGAGAAGGCAUCGAAGCAGUGGGAGGACCACAUAUUCCCUUGAAAACAGGAAGGAGAGAUGGACGUAAGAGCAGGACUGAUAUGCUUGAGUCUUACCUUCCCGACCACAACGAGAGUAUCUCCGUCGUUCUUGAGAAGUUCAAGUCCAUCGGUAUCGACACUCCCGGCCUUGUAGCCCUCCUCGGAUCACACAGCGUCGGAAGAACUCACUGUGUGAAGCUGGUGCACCGUUUGUACCCUGAGGUGGACCCAUCCUUGAACCCGGACCACGUCCCUCACAUGCUCCACAAGUGUCCCGACUCGAUCCCUGACCCAAAGGCAGUCCAGUAUGUGCGUAAUGACCGCGGUACACCUAUGGUACUAGACAACAACUACUACCGUAACAUCCUAGACAACAAGGGUUUGCUCCUUGUGGACCACCAGCUCGCACACGACAAACGAACCAGACCAAUUGUUAAGAAGAUGGCUAAGGACCAGGCUUACUUCUUCAAGGAGUUCACUAGAGCCAUCCAGAUCUUGUCCGAGAACAACCCUUUGACUGGUUCCAAGGGUGAGAUCAGGAAGCAGUGCAAUCUGGCAAACAAGAUUCACUGAGAUUGCAAAGGGUGUGAGAGAGAGAGCCUCUUUGUGUUUGGGGUUCUCUCUGUACUUUCUUGGCAUCGAACCAAGAUGAAUAAAAUUAUAUUUUAAGAAGUUAAAAUGAAAUGAAGGGUGAUGAUGAUGAUGUAUGCAGCAUCAUAGUGGUGACCACAUAUGCACUCUUCUUUUUGUGUGUUGUUUUAGCCUUAAUGCUUUAAUUAUGUGGUAGUGGUCUUUUGAGUUAAUUAAUGUUAAUGUUGUUUCUUUGUUGAUUUUGGGUUUGUGGUGGGGUUGAUGAUGGAAUGGAUGUAUGAUAUGAUAGAGUGUGUGUAAUGUAAUGAUUAGUAAAUGGUGAAAUCGUACCUUAAUCUCUGUUUUAA